AUCACUUUUUCACUUCCUAAGUGGAUCGAUGUCACUGUCAUCCAAGAUGGAGUGAAGAUGAGAGGACGAGAGCAGAGUCAUGGCUUCUUCCCAGACAGCAGGAGAGACGGAGCGGCCCGUUUCACAGGGAGGAAGCCGACAGGAGAGGGAUGCGGUAGAGGACGGCACUGAAUCUGGUGCUCUUGAGUUAGUCUCAGUCACAGAAGAGGACCUUCCUGUUGUCGAGACGCCCACCACGUUCAAUGUGAGUUCCUUCAGCAGUCAAAACAGCCAUUCCAGUCACUUCUACGACCCAGACUCGCAGGACCCUCAUGUCCCCGUUGAGCUGCCCGUCGUGGCGUCCGCUCCACUGCCUGUGUAUAAAGCCCAUAACAUUCAGAUCCCACCCAGCCCAGGUGUGCCCGUCAUCAAGGUCCAGCCCUUCUUGGACGGAGAAAGACUGUCAGACUUGAAGUCUUUGUGUUGGCCAUAUGUGUCUCGCAGAUUGCUGGCUCUGCUCAUCAUCUUGGGAUUGCUUAUUGUCUUGGUUCUGGUUCUAGGAAUAGGUUUGGGAGUGGGUCUGAAGAGUUGCUCAGGAAAGUUCCGCUGUUUGUCAUCGGUUCAGUGUAUCAGCAGAAAUGCUGUGUGUGAUGGAGUCGAGGACUGUGGAGAUGGAGAAGACGAGCUCAACUGUGUGCGUGUGAGUGGCAGGAACUCUGUUCUGCAGGUGUUCAGUAGGGGCUCAUGGAGGACUGUGUGCUCUGAAGGCUGGGAUUCUCACCUGGGCUCUGUAGCCUGCAGACAACUGGGAUACAACAGCUACGUGAGCUCUACUGAUGUUCCCAUCUCCUCCAUUGAAGCAGUCUUUCAGAAUAAUCUAGUGGCUCUUAAUAUCAACCAAACAGGCCUUCAAGACAUCUUCAAGAUCCAAAACUCUUCACACCUCAGAAAAACUCAGUGCACUUCUGGUGUAGUGACUGCUGUCAAGUGUAUAGAGUGUGGCUCCAGGCCAGCCGUCCGCAGUCGUAUUGUGGGAGGGAAUCUGUCGAGGUCUGGGCUGGUCCCGUGGCAGGUCAGCCUGCAUUACCAGAACCAGCAUCUGUGUGGAGGAUCAGUCAUCAGUGAGCGCUGGAUUCUCACUGCUGCGCACUGUGUGUACGGCUUUACUCAGCCAGUGUUAUGGGCCGUGUAUGCUGGGAUAAUAGACCAGCCAUUGGGUGGAGCUGGAGCUCUCUCUGUGGAGAAAAUCAUCUACCAUGCCAACUACAGGCCAGGAGGACUCAGCUACAACAUAGCGCUAAUAAAGCUUAAACUACCUCUGUCUUUCAAUGAACAAGUAGUACCCAUCUGUUUGCCCAGUUAUGGCGAGAGCUUUGAGGAUGGACAGAUGUGUUUGAUCUCAGGCUGGGGAGCCACAGUGGAUAGUGGAGAGGCUAGUGUGUCCCUACGUAUCGCUCAGGUCCCAUUACGGUCCAGCAGAGACUGCCGCAGACUGGGUCUGACCUCCUGGAACAUCUGUGCAGGAUUCUCAGAGGGUGGUGCUGGAACAUGUCAGGGGGACAGUGGAGGGCCUCUGGCCUGUCAGGGGUCCGGGUGGACAUUGGUGGGGGCAGCCAGCUGGGCUGAGAGCUGUGGACAAGCAAACAAACCAGGAAUUUACACCAGCAUAAGUGAAGCUCUCACAUGGAUUCAGCAACAAAUGGAGAAAGAAGAGGAUCAGCGGCGCUGAGCAUCUUAGUGGAUGAGCUUCUAUUUCAAUACAUAACAUCCAACAUGACUUAAGGCCCGUUCACACCAAGCACGAUAACUAUAAAGAUAACGAUAAAGAUAUAGUUCUAAAUAUCGUUCUCAAUAGAGACUCUCUCAAAGAGUCCA